AUGAUUCCAUGCUUUUUGCUAGGCAGCCUCGUGGCAUAUUUCCUGGUCACGAUUAUCUACCGUGUGCACAUCCACCCACUCAGCAAAUUCCCCGGGCCACGUUUAGCUGCGUUAACCGGUCUAUACGAGAUCUACUUUGCCGCCUGGGGGACCGGCUCAUUUGAAGAUGAAAUCGAGCGAAUGCACGAGAAAUAUGGCCCCGUGGUACGCAUCACGCCUGAUGAGGUGCAUGUGCAAGAUCAAUUCUAUAAUGCUCAACACGCCGACAGCUGGAUCAAAGGUACCAAGGCCAUUCAUUCUGGUCGACACCAAUCGGGGUACCCUAGCCCGAGUUUCCAGAUCAGGAAGCGAUCGAUGUCGCGAGUACGAUCGAUCCUUCAAGUGGAGGUGCAUCAGAUCAUCCGUAAACUUGUUCGGAAGCAUCAAGUGUCUCGGGGUUUCAGUUGGCGCCUUCCUUCGUUUGCAUCUAUUCCGAGUCUUUCGGGGGGUUCCGUUGAUACGGCAGAGAUGGGUUAUCUGGAAGAUGGCCAUCAAAUGCGAUCAUCGAUACCCAAUCCGAUGACCCGGAACCAGUUUGCCCUUCACAGCCCCAAUGCCUCCGACCCGGGGCUGUGGAAAGCCGACGAAGUUAAAACCAAGACGAGUGGUACAGGACUCGAUCCAAGUCUCCCGUUUUAA